AACACAUUUAUUCAUCAUAAUCUCUUCAGGGGUAGGACAAAUUGGAGCACUGAGUAGUGAAUACAAUUUGCAAAUAGGCAAUAUAAGUAGAGAGAAAAUUAAUAUGUAUUCCUUGAUGCUCUAAAAGGAGAGGAAGAACAUUAAUAGCCAUUUCCUUGCAGACAUAACUUUCAAAAUGUUAUUUCUGAUCUAUCAGCGUGAGGCUCCAUAUGAGGAAAAUGGUUGCAACGUGACAAGAAGUGAUUAGAUGUGAAAUGGCAUCUUUCAGGUGCUCCUCUCAGCCUCCUUAUCCUGUUUUUAGUGGGACAUAGGAGGAGUCCUGUUUUCUUUUCUGGCCUGGGGUCACCUGCUUAUUUGCUGGGUGACCUUGGGCAAGUCCCUUCUGCCCUUUAAGCCUCAGUUUCCCUCAUCAGUAAUUGGAGUAGAUGAUUUCUAAAGCAGUGAGUUUUGGAUGAUCAUAAAUCCAAAUUAUUUUGGGAGUACUUGAGAAAAAUACAGAUACCAGGGGACCACCUUAAUGAACUGACUACCAAGUUCUAUGUAUUUUAAUUGAGGGUGGGAGGAACCCUUCCCCAACUUCCAAGUGGCAGAACCUCUCCAAGUCAAGCUGGGAUUCUGGAAAGGUGCUCCCACUGGAAAUAGACAGUUGGGUGGGUUCUCUUUCCCUCUUGAAGGUCCAACGUGAGCCCCCCUCCUCCAAGUCAGCGAUGACUUACCUCCCACGCCCAGCCAAGGACUUGGAGUUGCGGCGAGUUCCAGGUAAAAUGGGAAAUAAGAUUUGUUUCUCAUUGCUGUUCUCAGGAUUUGUUAAAAUAGUACUAAGAGAUUAGCAGAUAGUAGUUUUCAUGGUAAAUUCUCUAUUCUGUGCCAAUCUCCUCCUUUUUUGUUUUUAAUUAUAAAAGUAGUAUACGCAUGUUACCAAAACCACACAAGAAAUGGAGUGAAAAGCAGAAGCUCCUUUCCCACUCCCACCUUCCUCAAACCCACUCCAUUCUCCACAGCCAACUAAUGUUUGCAUUUUACUUUAUUUUUAUUUUUCUAGCAAGAGAAUCUUACUAUGUUGCCCAGGCUGGUCUCAGUGCUAGAUUACAGGUAUGAGCCACCAUGCUCAGUCCUAUUGUUUGCAUUUUCACAGAGAAAUAAUGACAAAACCUUUUAAGACCUAAAGAGAAGGAAAACAGCCAUGUGCAGUGACUCAUGCCCAUAACCCCAGUACUUUGGGAGGCUGAGGUGGGUAGGUCGCUUGACCCCAGGAAUUCAAGACCAGCCUGGCCAACAUGACAAAAUCCCAUCUCUACAAAAAAUACAAAAAAAUUAGCCAGGUGUGGUGGUGAGUGCCUGUAGUCCCAGCUACUGGGGAGGGUGAGGCAGGAGGAUCACCUGAGCCCUGGGGUCGAGGCUGUGGUGAGCUAUGAUUGUGCCACUACCCUCCAGCCUGGGACCCUGUCUCAAAAAAAUAAAAAUAAAAAUAAAGAGAAGGAAAACUAGAGGCACUGAGAAUAAUAAAUUAACAUUUGUGGAAUGAACACUCAUCCUAGAUUAUGAUGGUAUUUAAUAUAUAUUUUUAAAAAUUCAGUUUGUUCUGAUUGGGAAAUACUGGAGGGGCUUUGGAGCACAGAUCAUCCUCAGUCCCCUCACAUAUGUGCAAGUACUUUGAAGAGGGCCCUGGAAACCUUUCUUCUUUCCUGCACUUCCUAGACUUUCUCCUUUAGGCUGAAAGGGGGCUGCUUCGGCAACCAAGAGCAUUUCAUAAGCAGAGCAUUUCUUAAGUAGACACCCCGCCUUUUUUUUUUUUUUAAUUGAAAUUUGAAUGUGGUGAGUCUGAAUUAGGGCCCACGGCAUGAUUAAUUACAGCAACCAUCUUAACCUGCCCGGGGGCUGGGCCUGAAAGAAAUGAGGCCAGGCUGAAGAGAAAUACAGCUAAGGAUAGUUAGGAAUGCUAACAAAACUUGGUUAACUGGCCCUGUUCUUCUCUCAGCUGCUAAUGCACAGUUGGAAGAUUUAAGGAAUCAGUUCCUGUUUCACUGGUUCUGGCCGACCCCAGAAUCAACUCCCUUGAUUGGAAAUAAACAGGAUCUUCCUUUUUGUCCCCAGGAAUGUGAUGGAGGAAGGACUCUAAGGCAAAGGGCCUCUUCUGCCAAAGCAGAAUAAUAAUAACAAUGAUGACAAUAGGAAUAAAAUAUUGCCCUCUUCAUCAAGGGCAAUAAGAGAACGUCCAGUUGUAUGAAUUGAACCUUGUUGCUCUCUAUGUGCCCGUCAGAGCUCCAGAAUUCACAGGCUCAGGGUGGUCAGCAUAGGUUGGAUUUGAACUUUCUGUUUUGUGGUCCUCCUGAGUGCACUUGUACAAGCUGGGCUACGUGCUUCAAUUUGGGGUUCAGAAAACAGGAUCACAAUGACAGCACUUCUUGCUGACACAGUGCUGUGAAUGUCUGUGCACAAGUCUGAGCGUCUCUCCUGAACAGUAUUAGUCAUGGAUGUCCCUAGUGCCUAGCACAAGGCCAGAAGCUGGGGCACAGCGGCUGUGAAGUAAGAUGGGCAGGAUAGGAAGCUUGCAGCUCACUUUCAAUGAGUCAUGGAGUGGGGUGAGAGGACCGCGACUGCAUGAGCCCAUAUUUUACCUCAGUGCUCCUGGGGCUGGGGCAGAAAGAGCUGUGUUCAGGACAAAGCCCCUACAGGACUUGUCUGCUAUGUUCACCCUUGUAAAGUCUUUGUAUUCCGGAGGAAUUAUUUGUCUAACUCCUAGGUCAGUCUUAUCUCAGUGUUUUUUUUUGUUUUGUUUUGUUUUGUUUUGUUUUUGCUCUCUCCCCUCCCCGAGGGAGGGCUACAUUAUGGAGGAACUUUACUAUUUCUGUUUAAUCUUCCUUUUUGUUGGAAACAGUGAUAAGGAGGCAGAAGGAUGUUCCCCCUCCCGGCUUCCAAUCUUCCUUGGUCCAGGGACACAGAUUCUUUUUCUUUUCCUUUUACCUUUCUCCCUUCCCCCCUUCCUCCUUCUGUUCCUUCUAUUCUCCUUUCCCCUCCUCCUUCUCCUUGUUCUUCUAUUCUGAAGACUAACUCCAAAAGCUGAGGAGUAAGGACAGGUGAAUCCAGUUUGUUUCUGCUGGUGUCCUCCCCCAACAACAUUCAGGAAAUUACUUCUGCUACGGUCUGAACGUUUGUGUCCCUCCCAAAUUCAUAUGUUGAAAUCAUAACCUCCAAGGUCUUAGGUGGAGCCUUGUGGGGGGUGAUUAGAUCAUUGGCGUGGAGCCCUCAGGAAUGGGAUUAGUGCUGUUACAAAUGAGGCCCACAGGAGCUAGCUUGUCCCUCCUACCAUCUGAGGACACAGGAAGAAGGCCGUUGUCUGGGAACCAGAAAAUGGGCCCUCACCACACACCAAAUCGUGGGUGCCAUGAUCUUCAGCUUCCCAGCCUCCAGAACUGUGAAAAAUAAAUUUCUAUUGUUUAUAAGCACCCAGUUUAUGGCAUUUUGUUAUAGCAGUCCUAGUAGACUAAGACAACUACUUUGCUCAAGAACUUUCAAUAGCUCCCUAUUGUUAUCAGUUUACAGUUCCAACACUAAAGCCCCCCUCCGACAGAGCUAUCCUGAUCUUAAUUUUUGUGAUUUCUGCACAUGAUCCUUCCCCACACCAUCAACUGGCCUUCUUGAUGUGUUCACCAAGCAGAGACAGCAGUAGGUGGGGAAGCAUUUCCAGCUGAAACUAACAGCUUCUGUGAAACCUCCCCGAGGGAGGGCUACAUUAUGGAGUGAGAGCUGGGAGGGCUACAUCUCCCUCGGGAGAGCUGGGACAGGUGGCUGAAGAGGUAAGAAUUGAUGGGAUUAUAUGAGAUCUUCAGGGACAUACUAAAGAUUCUGGACUGUAUUAAUUAUUAGUUGAUUAGGAGCCAUUGAAAGAUUUUAGGUAGGAUCUAAUUGGGCUUUUAAAAUGGUUGCCCUGGGGCUAUGUGGAGGAGGCAACAGUAGUGAGAGGGUGUGGAAAGGGGGAAAGAUGCCGGCCCACUUUGGUGACAUUGGCAGUGUCUGCAGAACAGCCUAUGCUCAGAUGACCCAGCUGUGUAUGGAGGCAGGGGGAUGGAUGAGAUGACCUUCAGUAACCCCCUUCUGGUGGGGGAAGGGAGAGCCGUUCUCCAAUCUCAUCUUUGAGUCAGCUUGGGCCUGUUUCCACAAGUCCUCUUCCAUCUGUCAAAGCCCUUCUAGGAAAGCUGAGCUGAAAGGCAGCUGCGGAGGGCAGAGUGCUGGCUGGGUCCGGGCUCACUUCCUCCUUUUCAGGCAGGAAAAGCAGACAAAAGUGCACAAUGGACCAGAGAGGGCGCGUCCAGCAGAGAAGGAGGGAGAAGGCGGGGGAGCUGGUCCUUGGGGCAACAGGCCUGGGAAGGUUCCCUUUGAUCCCCUUAUCUCUGGAGGGUAAGCUUUCUUUUUUGGCCUGCAGGACCUUUUGUUGCAGCAUUUCCUGGAAUCCCCCAAAGUAAACACAGUCAAGACUGCAUUCUUACUGCUCUACUCUUCUGAGCCUGCUCCUCCCAGCUGAGAGAGGGGCAGGAAGGUCAACCCUCCGAGAUCAACACUGCUCAUCAAAAUGCUGACAACGGCCCACCUAACAAUGUGUUAGGACCGGGGCUGUCUGAGAGACGAUCCCAGUUAAGGCUGGGCUGGCUCUUAGCUGCAGCAAGAGUGGAAGAUGACAACCAGUUGAUAUCUGGUAGCUCUGUGCAUCCUGGACUUGGAGGCAAGAAUAGGCAAGGAGAAAAUCUGGAUCCUUCCAGAGAAUUCCAGAGAAAAACAGGCAUGGGUUUAGGGAGUCACCUGCCCACUGGGCCUACUUUCAUCCAGACAGGAGGCCCAUGGCCAGCUCUUCCAGAUGGGGAUGGGGUGGGUGGGGAACAGCGAGUAACCCCACUGAUAACUUCAAGCCUCACAAAUCUCUUGCCCUCUGAGGAGCAGGAGAAGAGAAGCCUGAAAUUUGGGGUCACCAGCCAAUUAUCCUUCCCCAGGGUUUAUUAUUGUCAACUCUUAGAGGCCACAGGGAAAGGGUGGGGUGGUCUUCACCAAGCCAGCGUUUUAUUUAUAGGGAAAUUCAACCCCCCCCAAUCCCCCUCCCCUCCUACAGAUGGAAACUGGGCCGCACCAGGAGUCCUUCAACCUUCUAACUUUCCCUCUCCCCAGCUUUGAUGAGGAGGGGCGUUCAGCCAAGAGGCCCCUCCUCGCUGCAGUUGAGGUCCAUUAUGUAACCCAGCUUGCGAAAUGCAGGAAAGGCCCGGCUGGCUACAGCCCGGCUAACGGCUCAGAAAGGGCGCCCCUGAUAGGAAUACCCCCACCUCAGGCGUGGCCCAGACAAACGCGAUAAAGUUGUGGGCAUGGAGUUUUGGGCAUUGGGACAUCCGGGGGAGGGAGGGGCGCGGGCAGUCGGGGUCAGGCCGCCGUCGGGGCGCAGGGCGCUGCGGGCCACCUGUUGCAGCCGGCGGCCAGGGCUCACCUGCGCGGAGACCGAGCCGAGGGGCGGCGGCGGCGAGCGGCGGAGCUGAGGUCCCCGCGGCUAGCCCGCGCCUCCGGCUUCCGCCGGGUCAGCUGACUGCCCAGUGCGGAACUGUGCGCCCGCCGCGCUCCCCUGCCGCCUCCCCGCUGCCGCCGCCGCGCCCCCGCGCUCCGUCCCGCGCGCCCGCAGCGUCCUGGCCGCCAUGGCCGGGCUCGUGGUGCGUGGAACUCAAGUGUCCUACAUAGGCCAGGACUGCAGAGAAAUUCCAGAGCACCUUGGCAGGGACUGUGGACAUUUUGCAAAGAGGCUUGAUCUGAGCUUUAACCUUCUGAGGUCACUGGAAGGACUGAGCGCAUUCAGGAGCCUGGAGGAACUCAUCUUGGACAACAAUCAGCUGGGGGACGACCUCGUGUUGCCAGGGUUACCCAGACUGCAUACCUUAACCCUCAACAAGAACCGAAUAUCUGAUUUGGAGAACCUGCUGGAUCACUUGGCAGAAGUGACACCAGCUCUGGAGUACCUCAGUCUGCUGGGCAACGUGGCCUGUCCCAACGAGCUGGUCAGCUUGGAAAAGGAUGAGGAAGACUACAAGAGAUACAGAUGCUUUGUUCUGUACAAGCUGCCCAACUUGAAAUUUCUGGAUGCCCAGAAAGUAACCAGACAAGAACGAGAGGAGGCGUUGGUCAGAGGAGCCUUCAUGAAGGUGGUGAAGCCCAAGAGAAGUAGAUUGAAUACCGGAGGGAAGGACAUGGAUCAAGGUGGAAAGUCAGACGCUUCCAGUGAGGACGUUGCCAGCUCCCCAGAGCGCCACUACACACCCUUGCCUUCUGCUUCCAGGGAACUCACCAGUCACCAAGUGUUGAGAAUCCACAGUAAACUUGCUGUACUCUGUCACUGUUGAGGAAUGGGACAUCACAUGAAUCAAAUAUGCUGGUAAAUAAAGAAAUAUGGAGAAAAAUAUAGAGGUACGUGCAUAUAUUGUAUGGCUUAUAAUCUACUGAGAAUGGAGAGGAAAACAUCAGCAUUAAAAAUAUUCUUUAUUGAGUAAAUUCUUUAGAUCCAGGCACUGUGCUGGAAUCUUUACAUAUGUUUGUGAUCUCAUUUAAUCCGGGAAACAUCUCAUAAAGUUGGAUAUUAUCCCCAUUUUAUAUAUGAGGAAAUUGAAGCUUAGAAAGAUAUUUUGUUGUUUACCCAAGGUCCCAGUGCUAAUAAGUGUCCUCCAUGAGACGCAAAACCAGGUCUCUCUAACACCUGAAGCCUGUGUUCUUUCCUCUGUUCCAUUCUGCCCCCCCCCCAAUACAAUACACAACAAUACAACUACACUGAAUACAUUUUAAUGUUUCUUGAUGAUUAGGAGAGCACUUCUGGCUUUUUUGAGUGUUUUGGAAUCCCUUUAUGAGCGUCAAUUAUCAGAGUACUAGUGAAGCAUGGGAAUAAUGUCUAAUUGGAGAUAUCUAGUUAAAAGAAAGCAGAGUAAUACUGCAUCGACAGAAUUUAGUGCUUUUAUUACAGAUAGAUAAAGGUAUGGCAAAAUCACUGGUGUGAUUCUUGCAUAUCCCCUUUAUUAAUUGAUCUGCAUGUUCUGAAGGCCAUUAUUCCCUAUAUACUGAUUCCAAAUGUUCUGUCUUUAUUAGUCCUUUUAUAUAAAACCUUGUAUCUCUAUUUGUCAUCCUAAAAAUAUUGCUUAAAUACAUGAUGCAGCUUCUCCCCACAUUGGAAUCUGAUAACGAAAGGUCUUAUCUCUAUAGCCUGAAUUAACAUGAGCAGAAUUUAGGUAUACUACGCCAAUAGCUUCAUGGACAGCCCCUUUGGUUAUAGAUUAUAAAUGCCAUUUAGAGAAAGCACAGGAUGGCUCCUGAGUGUCUAGUAAACUUCAACAACCACCUGAGAGAUACCUCCGUGUGACUGCAUAAAAUGGAAAUAAAGAAUGGCAAAUAACCCAUUGACUAUGCACUUUCUCACCCGCUGAGAGCAAAACGUAAUCCAAUGCAAUUUUAGUACUUACAUGCCUCUGGGGAAAAUAGACCCCUAAAAAUCACCGAGUGCAGCACUGGAAAAAUUCCUUAAAUUUGUGCUAUGCUUGGUGUUAUAAAACCCAAGGAACCUUAGAUGUUCUUCUUGAGUAAAAUGGACUGGUAAUUUUGUUUUGUUAUAUUAUCCACCAAGCAUAAUGAUAAUGGGUCACAUGCAAUUUAAGAAGAAAUUAAGUCUAAUAAGAAAAAUCUCUAAUAAAUACUAACAGCAUCUUAUUGGUAUCAUCAUUGGUUUAACCCUUCUAUUAACAUUUGUUUUUUUACAUAUUAAAUGAUCUGUAAUAUGUUGAAAAUGAAGAGGAUAGUAAAAAUUAAAACAGGCAUUCUAAUAAUAUAUGCAUUGUACAAAUGUUUGCAUGCUUCUUCCCUCAGGCAAGUACUAGGAGGUGUGGUACAUGCAUGGGAGUGGUGCUAGGAUAGAGCAGGAGAUUUUGAUUUUAGAUAUGCUGAGCAGUGAAGAUGCUCAGUGCAGGGGAUAGACCCCAUCAUUAACCAGGAAUGCAACCAAUUCAAUGAAAAACAGAGAUUAGAAAUCAAAAUGUAGCCCUGAGGAAAGUACACAGUUAUCCCCUCAAAUCAGGCUUCUUCUGGGCCACUGAGAAAGGGUGAACGAUCUUAGGGAACCUCUGGUACCCAAGCAAAGGGCCUGGGGGCUCCUGUGCAUUGAUAGCUAUCCAUCACGGGCAAUGUGGUAGAGUGGGGUAGAGCUAGAAGGAUGUAUUCAGGAAGCUGCCAUUAUUAGAAAUGUGCUUCUCAAGCCUACGUAAGAAUCUCCUAGGGAACAACCAUAAAGUAAAAGUGCUUAAGCACGUAUUUCCAAGGAUUCUAAUUCAAGGGAACUGGGUAACACCCUGGCAUCUACUGUUUUUAAUGAGUUGUUCUGGUAAUACCUCUGCAUGUAAACAUGUGAAGACGACUGCAUUAAAUGAUAUUGACAAGGAGUCUCUUUCCCCUAGUCCUUUCCACCAUGUGGUUUAGGAGAAUAGCAACUAUUUCCAAACCCUACUGAAUAGUGGCAGCCACAAAUGUCUUGCCAUGUCAGGCUCUCAAUGGUUUCUGAGAAAGAUCGAACAGCCUUCAGGAGGCUAAUCUAUGAUUAGGUAUUUGCUAUGCAAGACACUGUACAUGUGUAGAAAUGGCAAAGGUCCCUGCUUCAAGGAACUUACAGUUUAGGAGGACCUAGCAGACAGAAACUCAGACAAAUAAAUGCAGCAAACUGUGACAUUUGCUGUGAAAAACCAUUUGUAUUGGAUAAUGGGGACAAAUGGGGUUUGGUCAUUAGUUGAAGGGUUGCCUAGGUCAGCAUAAGGCUUGCACAAAGGAGUGGCAGAUGAGGACAUCACAGGAGCCGUGUUGAGGAGGUCAAAUACUUGGGUAGUAUCCACAUGUUGGUUGUAAAUGUGUGUAGGAGGGAAGAGCAUGAAAUAACUCCCAGGUUUUUCUGGCAUGAGUGUCUUUGUGGCAGGUGAAGCCAUUGUGAGGAUCAGCAUUUGGAAGAACUGGAUUUGAAGAGAAUGUUGAAUAUGAAGUAUUCAUAGUCUGUAAAUGGAGAUGUUCUAGUUUAUGGGUCAGCAAACUUUUAUCACAAAGGGCCACAUAGUAGGCAUUUUAGGCAUUGCAGGUCAGUCUUUGCCAUGACCACUCAACUCUACCAUUCUAGUGUGCAGGUAGUCAUAGGCAAUAUGGAAGCCAAUGGGGUUGGCUGUGUUCCAAUAAGACUAUUUAGAAAAACGGGCAGUGGGCCAGAUUUGGCCCAUGGGAGCUAGCUUGCCACUCCUGCUAUAUGUAUAGGUAUGAUCUGAAGAUAAAAAUAUAAAUGUAGCUAUGUUGACUCACAUACAUACAUAUAUAUAUUAUAUAUAUUUACCUAGUAUCUUUCUAUGUAGACAUAUAAUCAUACCUAUUUGAUAUAAAUGCUGCACUUCCUGGUUAUUUGGGAUAAACAGUUUUUUCAAACUAUCCAAAAGUCACCUAAUAAUUGUCUAUAAAGAAACAAUUAAAUAUGAAAAUAUAAAUUAAAACAACAAAAUACAUUUUGUACUCAAUGGUUCAGCAAAAUUUAAAAAUCUGGUGAUACCAAGUGUUACCAAAGUUGUAGAGCAACAAAAACUGAAAAGCUAUUUUAAUGGGAGUUGUGAAUUAAUGUAUCUCUAUUGGAAAACAAUUGAUUAUUUUCUAGUGAAUUUGAAUAUAUAUGCCAAUCCUAAGUUCCAGAAAUCUCACUCCUGGGACUCUACCACAGGAAAAGCUAUUAUACAUGCUCAGAUCAAUAUGAACUAUACUCAUAGCAUAACAAAACAAAAAACAGAAGCUGGAAACAACCCAAAAUGAUUCAUUAAAUAAAGUGAAAUAACAUUCAAUAUGGACAAAUCUAAAAAUCAAAAGAAAAAGAAACCGACUGAAUGAUACCAUAUAAUAUCCUUUAUAUAAAGCUUGAAAGUGCAAAAUAAAACACUGUUGUAAAAGGGUCCUUACAUUUUUGGCAAAACUAGGAUGAAAACCAUGAAAAUGAAAAACUCAAAAUGCAGGUAGGUGGAGGCAAAAAACAAAUAAAUAAAUAAAUAAAUUCUGACCUGAUAGGAACAACCAACGGGAUUUAUUUAUUUCUAAGCUUGGUAAUGGGUAGACAGAUAUUUUUUAAAUGAUAACUCUUAUUAUUUUACAUAUGUUAUAUUUGUUCCUUAACAUCAAGCAAGUCUUGCAUGAUAAUGAAAAGGCAAAACCAAAAUCUUAUUAAGUUAUCAAUUUUAUAUUUUCAAAAAAUAAUUAAGUCAAGUUUAUUCUUUUGUUCAAAAGAAACGUUCAUUAUGGGGACCGAUUUUUUUUUUUUUUUUUUUUUUGGUCUGGCUCUGUUUCUUUCCAGUCAUGUCACCUCUCCCCAUGACAGAGGGUCAGCUGGCUUCCAGUGUUUCAGCUAGGCAGGAGUCGGGGGAUUAGGGAUAGCAUAGAAGAGGGAGGAAUAUCAGGAAGGAGCUAACGUGGCUGGUGUAGGGUCAUUUGAGUUCCUGUAUCUCUAGGAGAACAAGCAUUGUCUUUGGCAUAGGACAGAAUGUGGUCAGAAUCCUCUCUGUCACUCAGAAAGUAAUUCCAUUGCUGUCUUAAUAUUAUCCUAGUCAUCUGGGGUUGCAGGAACACUGUGUAGUGGUUUUGCGGUGUGGAAGCUAUUGCUACAUAAUUUUUUAUUUCUUGAAUAUCACUUUGUAGUGUCAUGAUUACAAGGCUUGGAAGAAGAUAAACUCUCUGUCCAUUCCGAGUAUAAAUGGGCACUUGAGAUGAAACCACCUCGUUAAUUUCCCCUUGUUGCUGAAGCAGAAUCUGAAUCCAAACCACAACACAACCUAGCCCCUAAAUCUCUAUUAAAAACCACCUUGGGUAGUCUGGUAAAGCUUUAUUUAAAGUCAGCAGAGAAUUAUAAAGUCAAACGUGAAAAAUGGUACAACAAGAAAGAAUCAUAAAAAAAUACUAGAUCAGUUAAAUGUAGUCAAAGGCAAUUUAGUGUGUUCUGGCACCAGCACUUACUGAUGCAAAGAAUGUGAUGUGUCAGGGGUUGGCAAGAGCAUGUAGGAAAUGCAGAAUGAAGGAUGCAGCUCCACGCAUUGACUCCGAAACAGCCAUACAUGGCUGCAGAGGAUGCUUCAGCUACCUUCCUUGCUUUUCUAUCAGGAAUUUCAGGGAGAAUAUUCGAAUUCCCUCAGGAUGGACAUUUUCUGUUCUUUUGUUCUUGAUAUAGUUUAUGUUUUAAAGUAGAAUUCUUUCUUUCAUGGAGAUAAGCUAACAUGGAGACUGUGUAAAUUGGGUCAGACCAGGAGGGUAAGUAAAACUUGCUGGUACUUCUGAGUAUCCUACUAUUCUAGUUUCUCUGGGGCUGCUACAUUUAUCUGCUUUUUUACAUCCAUCUCCAAGCUGUGAGGGUUUCUGCCUCAUCUUCUUCACCACUUUGGUUUCCCAUUCACCAUUAUUAGCAGAUUUGCUCAGUAAUGAACACAGCUACCAAUGUUAUGCACCCACCCCUUUCCAGGCACUGUGCUAGGCCCUGCAUAUACAUUCUCUCACUAAUCCUCAACAAGCCCCGGUGAUUCUUAGAACUCUAGUCUGAAAAAAAGAAAGCCCCUGUGAGAUAGGUCUUAUCAGCAUGUUGAUUUUACACAUAAGGACAACUAGGGCUAAGAGACUUAGAGCUCAUUUGAGGUGCCACAGAAACAGAACUCACUAGGCCGGACUCCUGUAUAGGAGCAGGCGCUAUGUAAGAAGUGUUGGUUCUCUAACUCCAUCAACAGUAAAAGGUGGGUGCCAGUACCUCUAGGGGACAGAGUACAGGAUAGUAUAGUGUCAAGAGCAUCAGGCUGAAGUCUGGGUUUGAAUCCUGGCUUUGCCACUUAUUGACUCUGUGACUCUGGAGAAGGUACUUGACCACUCUGCAUCUCCCUCUCCAUAAAAUAGGGACAAUAAUAACACCUGCCUUACUAAGGUUGUUGUGAGGAUUAUGUAAGUUGCUAUGAAUAGUUUCAAAUAGUUACUGUGGAAGUGCUGAAUGGUAGUCCCCUUACCUCUAGGGGAUGCAUUCAAGAUCCCAGUGGAUGCCUGAAACCAUGGAGAGUACUGAACCCUAUGUAUACUGUAUUAUUUUUUUGUGUGUACAUUUAUACCUGUGGUAAAGUUUAGUAUAAUUAUUAGGCAUGGUAAGAGAUAACGAUAACUGAUAAUAAAAUAGAACAAUUAUAAGAAUAUUCCAGCAUCACUACUCUUGCACUUUGGGGCCAUUAUUAAGUAAAAUAGGGUUACUUCAACACAACCACUGCCAUACCACAACAGCCAAUCCAAUAGCUGAGACAGCUUCUAGGUGACUAAGCGGCCGAUUCUAUAUACAGAAUGGACACACUGGACAUAGCGAUGACUCACAUCCUGGGCAGGAUGGAACAGGAUGGUGUGAGAUUUUAUCAUGCUACUCAGAAUGGCAUGCAAUUUCAAACUUAUGGAUUGUUGAUUUCUGGAAUUUUCUAUUCAAUAUUUUCAGACUCUAGUUGACUGUGGGUAACUAAAACCAUGCAGAAAGUGGAUAAGGAGGGACUACUGUAUACAUGUUGUUGCUGCUGCUGUUUCUAUUAUUAUUAUUAUCAAUAGUGUUGUUAUUUUUGUCUUAAAAAAUAUAUCCCUGAAAGUAGAGUGCCUUCACUGAAAGAAGUGGUUGUGGAUGGAAUCAGGGACAGGGGAGGUGGAAGGACCAGCCCCUGUGGCAGGUCAGAUGGGAGGAUGUUCUUAGACAUGCCACUCAGUACCCUUGAAAUCCUACUUUGGUGUGGGCCAUAUCCACUUUUGGUAAACUCAUUUGCCCCAAAUGAAGCAGCUUUUGAAGAUCAAACAAGAAAACUGGAUUCUUUGAGUAUAUCCAGCUUGAGUACUUCCAUGUUCAAAAUGUCUUUCUUUCCUGUCUACAGAUUCACCUCUAGGAGAAAAGGAAAGAAGUUUGGAGACUUCCUUUGGUUCUAGCAGGUCUUAUCAGAGUCUCAGUGUAGAUUGAAGAGGAGUGAUUGCUAUACUGUAAAUGCUUUAGAGGGUCUGAAAGAGAUUAGAGAAACCUAUUCCAGAGGAUAAAGGCAGGACAAGAGGGAGCCAUUAAUCUCAUGGACAUUACAUUCCCUAAGAACUUUUUUUGGGAAUGGCCAGAAGCAUGCCAGGCCAUGUGCUGUCCAUUUGCAAUUCUCUGAGCUGUGGAGUUGUGUGUAUGUGUGUGUGUGUGUGUGUGUGUGUGUGUGUGUGUGUGUGUGUGAUAGAUUGAGGCCAAUGUCAUUGCCUCAUUUACAAUGGUUCUUAAACUUGAAAAGGAACUAAAAGGUUGACACAUGCAUGCAGAGUCAGUGCAGAUUAUUCGACUGAAGUAGUCCUGACAAAUACCAGGGCUCUCCACAUUGUCAGGAACAGUCUGAUGAUGACACAUUCGAAGCUCCGCAGACUGGCUUGCAUCUUAGUAAAUGUGUACAACCAGGGGAGACAUAGUUAUGCCGUGGAGAGUUCUGAGAUGUGAAGAGAACAAGUUAAUUGUUCAGCCUCAACUGAGACCUUUCACUCAAGUCAUUAAUCACAGUGCACAGUCUGGAGUCUUGGCUCUGAAGUUCGAUUCUUUAGGCUGCUUUCCUGCUCCAGAUGAAAGCUCAUUCCAGGUGCUGGCCAUUUGUGUUUUCCUCCAACUAGGCUGAUUUAUGGACCUGGAGAUGUUUUCUGGUUUUUCCAAAUUCUGUUCCAUUACUUUGUAAUAAGGGGGGACAUGUGAUUUCUGGCUUUUUGCAGAUCCUCAGUUUUAACAUCCCUAAUACCAAAGAUUUUUAAAAUUAGUCUGUGGUCUGCUUUCUGUGAUCUGGAGAACAGAAAGGCUGUUCUGUAUUUUGAGUAUCAAAGUUAAGACUUUAGGGACUCAUUUCUUUCCCCUUGAGCUGGAGUUGAAGUUGCAAGGGAUGGGCAGGAAACUCUGUUCCUGCCUUCAACAUCCCAAGGCAAAUUAAGGCUUGGGAAGCCCUAGUGACAGCAACUGACUGCAGGUGUUGGAGAUAUCCCUGUCCCACCCGAAUACAUAUGGCUCAGGGUAUAAUAUUAAAGGCCUUCCACACUUGGGCUAUGUCUCUGGUGACAGUGUAAGCCAAUAUUGAAGAUUUCAAAAGAGAAUCUGAGUGUCAAAGGAGGACAUUGUGAUAUGGAGGCUGAACAGGGUGCUGCCAAGUGUUAGCUGUUUGACUGAAAGGUAAACCAGAUCUGAGUUGAUAUGGGGCAACAGAUCCCUUGGGAGUUUUCCCAGGACGAUAGAAAUGUGUCACAGCAAAAUAAUUGGAAAUUGAUAUUUGGCAUAUCUCUGGGUUACUUUUUAUUCCAGAUAAUACCAAGAGUCACUUGGUAUUGGCCAAGAGUCAUUAGUGACUUAUACAUCAAAUCCCAUAACCCAUUGCUGAAAUACAAUCUUCUCUUCGUUGACAGUAGCCAGCUGCUUCCUGGUCCUCUGCUUCCUAACUAGUACUUUAUGUUAAAGGCCCAUGGCCCUGAUUUAGGUGAAAUGAGUGGUAAAAAUAGCAAUUCAAUCUUAUAAAAAACCUGUCUAUACUUUUAAAAAAUUGAUAUAUAAUCAUUGUACAUAUUUAUGCGGUGCAUGUGGUAUUUUGAUACACGCAUAUAAUGUGUAAUUAUUAAACCAGGGUAUUUGUGAUAUUUAUCACCUCCAACAUUUAUCAUUUCUGUGUGUUAGGAACAUUUCAAAUCUUCUAGCUGUUUUGAGAUAUAAAAUAAAUUAUUUUUAACUAUAGUCAUAAUUGUGCUGUCGAACAUGAUGUCUUCUAUCUAACUAAAUGUUUGUGCCCGUAACCAGCCUCUCUUCAUCCCCCUGCACUGCACCAAUUCUACCUUUUGAUAAUUCUCUGAAACGAAAUUUUCACUGGCAGUGCUGUCCUUAAAAUUCAACUCAACUCAACAGGUACUUGUUCAGAGCCUCCUAUGGGCUUUAUAUUGUGUUGUGUGCCCUGGGACCUAUAAAAUAAGUAUCAAACAUGACCUUUGCCCUUGUAAAGCUUAUGAGCUCAUAGGAAGGAUGAUGUGUUUAUGAAACACAUUUUACAUGGCAAGAUAAGCUAUCGUGUAUGUGCCAAAGUGACUAGAAUCGGGAAUAAGUGCAACAGAGAGUCAGAAAAAUGAGAGUAGGUUGUACUGGAACUGUCAGAGAAGCUCUUAUGGAUGAGGUGGGACAAAGACACAAAUAUCCUAAACCCAGAACUCGCCGUUAAAGAAAUUGUAAGAAGCACAGCAUCAGGUUACCAAGAAAUUAUGGAGCCCUUUUAAGUGAAAGUAAUUUGUUCAAUAUGAGAAUGGAUUAAUUUAGUUCCAUAAAUAUUUAUUGAGUACAUGCAAUGUGCCAACAACUAUACCUGAUGUGAUCAAGGAAGAAUAAUGAGUACAAAGGACACGUGUGUGUUAUUCUCAGAUGCUAACUUCUCUCACAUAGGUAUUUAAAGUUAUUGCUGGUCUGUUGAUUCCAAAGUCUGUGAUUUUUAUCAUUUACCAUUCGACCUCUCAAAAAGACUUUGUCAUCCAAGAUAUAUUUGGUUGAGGGGCUGAGUCUAAUUUUUUGUGUGGUGGAAAAAUGGCAUGUCUAACUGCAUAAGUUGUAUGAAGUGUAAAGAGUUGCAUGCAUGCCGAUUGUGAAAGAAAGGGACGUUGAAUUAGCAUUGAAUGUGGGCCCAAAUUAUUGGGUUAGGGAGUAUUUGGAGUAGCAUUAGAAAAGCCUGAACCUGGCCCACAUUCAGGGCUAUAAGUGAAGCCCAAGUUCUCUAUAGAUCAAGCUUUUCUUGGAACUUGUAUCGUUCCCCUUGACAGCUGAUUUGGAAACCCAAUUAGAAGGGCCUCCCAUCAUUAGAGGUGAGGCAGUCUUGCACUGAGCUUUGUUAUUUGAGAAGUUUAAAAUUGGCUACACCCAGAUAUAUUGGAUAACUCACUAAAAUCUAGAAUUGAUCUGUAUUCCUCCUUGUAAAAUAAGGAAAGCCAUUAUGUGUUCAUUUCUUUGAGGACAGGUAUAACUGGACAAUUGCAAAGUGUUUUAGAAAGAAAACAAUGUCAGGAUGAUAGUGGUGGUAGUGGUCAUCGUCAUGGAGAUGGUAGUUAUUAUUCCAAAUAUCCAGAUAAUUUUAAAAUAAUAUAACCAUAGAACGCUAGUAAAUGCUAGAAAGAAUCUAAGAUAUCAGGCAUGGAGGCACAGAGGUGUCAGAGUUUAUUUAGCUAAGCAAUACCAGAAGAGAACUAGAAAAUCCUGCUUCCUAGCUGGCUGUCAUUUGCAUACAACAAUGAGACCCCUGCUUAGUAACCCCUGUGUUUCUGCCACCCAUGUGACUGCUUUCUGAAGCUAAUUUAGUUAUCAAAUAAAAAAUGGAAUUUUGAGAAAACCGUAUUUUUUUUUAAACUGGAGGGAUUGGUGGAAGGAAAAGCAAGAAGAAAUUUGGAAUCUUGGUUCCUGACAUUUUCCUUAAUGUUCAAUUACUCUCUUCGUUGGAAAGCUUCGUCUUGGCCUCUAUGGGUGACACAUCCACUUGUGGUCACUCACUCCUGUGUAUGCGUGUACAUCUGUUGAUAUGCAUUCCUCUUCAUCAUCUGUAGGCAUUUUACAAAUAAUGGCUUGUGUGUGUGUGUGUGUUUUAUCAUCUUAUUUUUUUAAAUGAAAAUGACAACUUGAAAAUUCUUUGCAGAAAUAAUUCUUCUAUGGUAAAGGAAUUUCAGCGUGUCUUUCAGGGUCAUCUUUGGGUCACAUAAUUUCAUGGAGGAGUUGGCAGUGGGUGGGAGGGAUAUAAACAGUGACUUUGGAAUUUUUAUCUUUCCAUCCUGUGGCAGGUGGGCAAAGUUGGUAACAAAGAAAGUUGGUUGGUGGAGAACUAGGAAAAUAUAGUCAAGUAAGAAAGGUACAACAAGAUGUGAGUGCAAACCAAAAAAUUGGCAAUUGCAAAACAAAAAAUUGGCAAGGCAUAGAAAGAGAGAAGAGGAGGCAUGGAUACUUUUCCCCUCUCUUCCAACCCUGCUCCUCUGUGAAGCCAUUGCUGAGGUAGGGGUGCGAUCAGGAGAGUAUAUAAAGGAGCUUGGACUUUGCAGUUGUAACUCCUGUUUUUGAUGAAACUGUUUUGGAAGCUUUCUUCUUGAAUAGAGCUGGGGGAUCUGAGUGGGACUCAGAAGAGAGGAGAAAGGCCAUUUGGAACUCGAUCCAGAUUCUGGGUUUAAAGAUGAGAAAGUAUUACAGGGUUUCCAUAAACCACGGAGUUCAGGUUGGCAGCAUGGAAAUCUGAUCCAGUUUUUACUCACCAAACUAUGUGUGUGGAGGUACACAUCAGAGGGGUACCUUUUUCAUAUUUAUCCAAAGCACUGUGUAGAAGAGACUAGUCCCUGGAUAGGGGAAUUUUAAACUUCCUUCUAAGUUUUCCAAUCCUAUCUGCAUAUUUUUAGAGCCGGAGUUUCUAAGCAAGGCACUCUAUAUUGUUUGUUCUCUUGGGUAGUUAAGCACAGACAGCAGGGAAGCAUGGUGGCUCACAGAGUGAACUAGCUGCAGAGACCAACUUAUCCAAUGAACAAAGUAGGUGUAAAAUGAAAAUGACUAACGGGGUCCUUGAUUUCACUCUCUUGAGAAGUCAGCCACAAAGCCAAGUGCCUAGAGACCCACAUUUCCAGCUUCUCUCAUCUCCAGUCUCCCUUUAGGAAGGCUGUGAGCAAGCCUGGCCUUCGUGGUUCUUUCUUCCGUCUGUAAACUCCCUGUAAUUAUUAUGCAGUUCCUUAUGCUAGGUACCAUGGGAGUGUGAGGCCUCCGGAAGAAACUCUUGACUUUGAGAAGCUUGGAGGCCAUUGUGAAAACAGGAAAGACAAGCACAAUCCUGGUAAAUGAAGUGUGUACAAAGCCUGUUUGACAACAAAGUCCUCUCUAGAGGACCUUGAAAAAUCAGAGACCGCCAUCCCAUAUGGAGAGGUCCUUCCACCCUCACCUCAGUGGCUGUUUUUCUCUCACUGAAGAAUGAAAAUGGUAAAUGGCCUCAAGCAAGCUAAAAGCAGAUCCCUCAGCUUUAUUCAUUUCCUGACUGCAAUACUUGGUGGUAGUAUUAGAAAAGGCUCUGGCAGUCCUUGUAGGAGAAAUGCCAGUAAUGAGGCAAUGGAACGUUCAUUCACCUGCUUUAUGUUCUUUUGGAAAUAACAUGAUUUAUAAAAGAAUACAGAAUCAUAAUUGUCAGCCAAGAUGUCAUUUUAACCUUAGGAUGUCCAGAAACAAAGGGAUAUUACAUCCUUUGUUCUUGGAGCACCACUGGUGUCAAAUUAUGCACAGCGUUUCCUCUUGGCAUUGAGUGCUUGUGAGCCUAACAGCAACCAAACACUGACUUCAGAAAGAUGAUGUUUCUGAUGGUUUUCUCACCUGAAUAUCUCCUUGGUACUAUGGGAGAGAGCAUGGGCCUCCUAGCUUCCCUGCAUUCUGAUAGAGCAGGAGCCAGGAGGCAUGGCAGUCUUAGAAAUGGCUAAGGGUUGGGGUACACUGUCUUUGGCCUCUAUCAGAGGAGCUGAACAAGAGUCCCAUUAAAAUGCUGGUGAAAUAAUUCAUAACCUUGAUUUUAUCUGCACAUCAACAUAUGCCAACAGAUGCUCAGUGCAAAACAUGAAUAUUUGAUUAAUAUAAAAUCAGGCAUCUAGAGCAGAGAGCAGUGGAAUGUUGGGGGUUGAGUAGGACUUACAUGUUAUCCAUCUAAUCGCAGCUGUCUGGAUGCACAUAGUAGGCAUUGAAAAUAUCCAUAAUUAUAUUUUCAUUGAUUUGAAUAACUCUGUUGCUUGGUUUUGAGCCCAGAUGUUUGACGUCCCACUGGAACUGUGUGCUCUGCCUCCUGUCAUCAGUCUCAUCAGCACACAGAUGUUCGGCAAGGGACAGCAUUCCUCUAGUCUUCAUUGUGAGGCCUCUUCUCUGUUCUCCCAGCCCAUCCACUCGGGCUCCUGUGACAGUCAGCCACAGAACACACUGCAGGUCACCCAUGGAGCUAGGUGCAGAAACUGUCCACCACACCAUUUUGUCAUUGUGGUUUUAUCCAAAGGCAGAGAACAUUGGAGCCUCAGCUAACAGACCAGACUAAUGCUGGUAACAAGUACUUGAGUGGUUAUUUCAUCAUUCAUUCCAUUGGUCAUUGAAAAAAUAUUGAGUAAAGGCUUAUUAGUCCACAGCACUUCCCUGAAACCUGAAGAAGACAUAGGAGAAGACCCUUGGUAGGAGAGGGAGAAGGUUGCACUGUGAGUGAGAAUAUGAGACAUUCAUUAACUUCUAGGGAAUGAUAAGACUGGUUACAUUAGUGCUGAUGACAUUCACAGCAGAGGGGAGGAGAAGCUAGUUGGUAGAGUGGAUAGAUAGUACACUAGAUCCAAGUCUGUAUCUUGAAUCUCUCUCAUAACACCAGCGUGUGGCUGUAAACCCAGGCCUCCGGUUUCCUCUGUAAAAUAAAGGAGAUGCACUAAGAUGCUUUCUAUGCCUUUCAGUACUAUCCUUCAGUUUGCUCUGAUCAAGAAUUGAAGAGAUCCCCAUAUUCCCGUGGUUUAAUUUUCCCUGAAGACCUUGGACUGACCACUUUCGUAAGUAAUCAGGUAGACUUCUAAUAGUCAAAGGACAUAUGAAUGAAAGGUAGUGAAAGAAGGCGUACACUGAUGCCUUAAUAUCUUGGUUAGAAGAUAGCGGCUUUUGAAAGUCUAUGAAAAUCAAUUUUGGAUAAUAAUAGAAAAAUUCGUUAAGGCUGGGAGUAGAGCUUUGCUUCAAAGUGAAAUAGCAGCAAGUUUUACCUUUGCUCAUGUACCAUCAUUCUUGAAUUAGUUAUUAAUCUCAGGACCAAGAGCAACUUGUUGCCCUUGGAUCGGUCCAGUGGCAUUUCUUUUUCUUUUGUUUUUUUUUAUUUUUUUGAGACGCAGUUUCGCUCUUGUUGCCCAGGCUGGAGUGCAAUCACACAAUCUUGGCUCAUCGCAACCUCCCGGGUUCAAGUGAUUCUCCUGCCUCAGCCUCCUGAGUAGCUGGGAUUACAGGCAUGUGCUACCAUGCCUAGCUAAUUUUGUAUUUUUAGGAGAGACGGGGUUUCUCCAUGUUGGUCAGGCUGGUCUUGAACUCCUGACCUCAGGUGAUCUGCCUGCCUCGGCCUCCCAAAGUGCUGGGAUUACAGGCGUGAGCCACCAUGCCCAGCCCUGGUGGCAUUUCUGACUUCCUUGGUUCACAUGGUCUUGGUAUGACAGCCCUAUGAAUGGGUACCUGAGGACCUCUGCUGCCAGUGUUCAAGGUGGCUUCUCUUUAGCUCAUCUAAGAUACAGGGGCUGUAUCUUUAAAAAGUAGAGACAGGAUGAUUAAUCUGUAGUUGGACAGAUUAAUUGUGGCUUCCAAUCUCUUCAGACCCUGUGUAGGCAGAUCAAGUAACUUACCUACAUAAAAGGCAAAGCACAGAAGUCAUGAACAUUCUCACUUCUGUGUAGUACUAUAUAGCUUCCUGAAAGGUUUAUAACAAUUUCUAACCAACUUGUUUAAUCCCCACAGUUCUGUGAAGUCAGUAUUAUAUUCUUACAUUGUAAGUGAGGAUAUUGAGGUACAAAUGUAUUUGUGGGGUUGGAAAUUUCUCACAGGACAUAUUUGGUGGAUGCUGGGAAGAGCUACUCUCCUGAAACUCCAAAAUCCCCUCCCUCCCUCACCUGCUACAGUUGAACUUUUUCUGUAAGUUAAGACAUUUCUGAUUCUGGGUACUCUUUUAAAAUGCAGAUACCCCUGGAAGAGAGGUCAGACCAAAUUUCUUAUUGCUUAAAUAAUUGCCUGAAUAAUGUUUUACAAUCAUUUUCAUCUAAGAUAGUUGAGGACAGCAUGGUAACAUAUUAAAAUCAGGAUUAAAUGGGCUGGGUGUGGUGGCUUAUGCCUGUAAUCUGAGCAGUUUGGGAGGCUGAGGCAGGUGGAUCACUGGACGUCAGGAGUUCAAGACCAGCCUGGGCAACAAGGUGAAACCCCGUCUCUACUGAAAAUACAAAAAUUAGUUGGAUGCUGUGUUGUGUGCCUGUAGUCCCAGCUACUCAGGAGGCUGAGGCAGGAGAGCUGCUUGAGCCUGGGAGGCGGUGGUUGCAGUGAGUCGAGAUUGCACCAUUGCACUCCAGCCUGGAUGACAGAGCGAGACUGUCUCAAAAAAAAAAAAAAAAGAAAAGAAAAAUCAGGAUUAAAUGAAGGGGGACCAGGAUAGAUUUGGGUUUGGGGAGCUUGUUUAGGAGUAGCUAUCUGAUAGGGGUAUAACAAUGGUGACCCCAGGACUCCAGUUCUGAAUGAAGGAAGUCCCCAUCUAAGGGAUAGUAUGGGACACGGAGCAAGAAGAUAAUGGAAACAGAGCAACUCUUUAUAUUUCAGACUUGGUUGGCUUAUUUGUGCUGGAUCCACCCCUGGUGAGUGGGCAGGAUUGUGAUGGAUGGGGUCAAGCUUAUCUACCAUUACAUGCCAAGUACCUGGCUUAGGGCAUUGAUCCAUUUCAUAUACUCUCUUAUUUUGCUAACUACUUAAGGCAGAAAAAUCAUUCCCCUAUUCUACUCCAAUAUGUGCCAGUUGAAAGUGAAAUCCUCACACUGAGCAAAUGCACCAGAGAACACUCUAUAAACUUAAUGAGGGAGAUGAAGAGAUAUGUGCCAGAAACCUAGAAAAUUUAACACUGAUGAGGUUAUGACUAUUACAUGUUUAGUUAAAUUGUUGACACUGACAGGACGUGGCUGAGGAAAUCUACCAUCCAUUUUCUCCUUGUACCAGUGAUAAUGGUUCCUUGGUGUGCUCUUCUCAGUUAACAAAAAUAUUCCCGAAAGUUAAAUGCAGGGAGAAGAAGUGACAUAAGAAGUACUUUCAUUAUCUGUGUUCUUCUGGGAGUUCCCUCCAGAAACAUUAUUUAAAGCAGUACUUCUCCCUACUGGCAAAUGAGUUUGAAGGGAAGGACUCGAGUUCAGAGGGGACCGGAGAGGCUCCUAACCCUGUGCUUGAAGGCUUGCUCCAGCAAACCCACAUAACACGACACUGCCAUAGCCUCUCAAAAACACCUUUCUCUUUCAUUUUCCUCCUUUCAAAAACUGACAAAGGUUAUCCACGGGCUAGUGAAUAAAAUCUCAAUUCCUUUAGCUGACAUUCAAGGCACAAAUGUGAUUGUGAUUUUUGUAAGGUGUCAAGUGCUGUAUAAACAGGUGGUGGAGAGAGUAUUGAAUUUGAAGUCAGAACACUUUGGUUUCAAUCUUGUUAACUGGGUGACCUUGGGCCAGUCACUUGAUCACUCUGAAUCUCAGUUCCUUCACUUAUAAAAUAGGAUUAUUUCAAUAGUUAAAUUAAUUGAAAGUAACAUAGUACUUAGCAAAGAGUGAACAUUCAAUACCCAUUAAGGAAGAGAUGGUUACCAGAGGCAAUUUAUUCUAGCAUUUAAGAACAUUCACUAUGGAGACAAAAAUUAGUAAUCUUUUUUAUUUAUUUAUUUUUGUUUUAGAUUCAGGGGGUACAUGUGCUUGUUUGUGCCCCCCUGGUGGGGUUGGGCUUCAAAUGUACCUAUCACCCAAAUAUUGAACAUUGCACCCAAAGGUUAAUUUUUCAACCCUUACCCUCCUUCCACCCUCCCGCCUUUUAGAGCAAUCUUUCUUUUGUCUUUGAUUUCUACCUAGAAAAUGGGGGUAAGUUGGAAGAUUUAGAUGAGUUAAUACAUAUCAGGAACUUUCAAUAGUGCUUGGCCUAUAUUGAUCCUUCUAUAAGUAUUAAGUCUUUUCUUGCUACUGUUGUUGCUUUUAUUGAAUGACCUGUCCUAACCUUAUUUUUCCUGACUUAUCUGAUUUUCUAUUUUACCAGCAGACAGAGCUCCUCCACAAAGUCAUGAUAUCAUUAGGGUGGGAAUUAAUUCCUACCUUUAACUUCCAUGAGCUUUACUCAAUGCCUGCAAAAUACUCAAUCAUUUUUGUUAUUAAAAAGUGUACAAAUGUGCUUGCUAACAUCGACCUAGCAUUGUGCUAGAGGUUUCAGCCUGUGGAGUAAGGAAAGAAAGAAAGAAAAGAAAGAAAGAAAGAAAGAAAGAAAGAAAGAAAGAAAGAAAGAAAGAAAGAAAGAAAGAAAGAAAGAGAAAGAGAAGAAGCAUCCAGAUUGGAAAGGAAGAAGUAAAACUGUCUUUAUUUGCAGAUGAAAUUAUCAUCUCUGUAGAAAAUUCAGUGGAAUGUACAUAAAGCUAUUAGAAGCAACAGGAGAAUUUAGCAAGUUACAGGAUGCAAGAUUAAUAUGCAAGUCAAUUGUUUUAGUUCCUUAAACUUAAGACAGCCACAAGUAGACCAGUUUAACUGGAGCAUAGGAUGAGUGAGGGGUAGUGUGGUAUGUAAAAUUAGAAAGGCAGAUCUAGAUAACAUGGAAUACUUUUGCUUACUCUUUCUCUGCCUUCCUUCAUUCCUUUUCCCCUCCCCCACCUCCUUUCUUUCUUUUUCCUUUCUAGUUUCUUGGCAUAACAACCUUUUUCCAUAAAAGAAGGGUAGAACUUCUUUCUUAAAGGCAAAGUUAUUUAUUCUUUGGGUUAAGUCAAACAAAAUGACCGUAACUAUGUUGUUUUGAGCUUACAGUUAAUGUUCUGUUAUAUAUAAAAUGUUCCCAAAGACAAGGAGUGAAAUGUCAGCAAGCAAUCACUGGAACAUAGGGUAUCAGGAUUCAAGUUCUGAUUUCCUCUUAACUAGCUCUAAUAACUUUGGGAAGAUCACUUCACCUUUUAAGGCCCAGUUUGCUUUGUCUUAAAAAAGGGAUAAUGAUUGCAUGACUUCCAUAUUUAUAGGGUUGUUGAUGGCUUACUCCAACAAAAUUUUUCUAGUUCUUAGAAACUCUAAGAGCUGGAGAUAGGGAAUCACUCCCCUCAGGGAAUAUUUAGUGAAAAUAUGUGUAGAACUAACUCCAGUGGCAUAGGAUAGGCUAUUCAGAGUAGUAUACAUAAGGGCCUAGGAGAGUGCAAAGAAGGGAUUAAUUAACUCUGCUUGUGGGAUUGGGAAAAAUUUCGCUGAGUUGAUAUCUAAACCCAAGCUCACAGCUUAAGUGAGAUUUUUGACAGAGAAAGGGACAACUUUAACAUGAUAAUGGGAAUAAUAUCUUUUGUUUGUUUAGCACUUUACCAUUUUACUUGACAUAAAUUAGAGUGAUCUAAAAACUAUAUAGACGUUAGGGAUUAUUAUUGCUAUCCUAGGGGUGGUUAUUACUUUAAACUACUUGUUUGAUAAGGCUGGGGAAAUUUUGACCCCAAAUUGUAACAAUUUAGAAAAGUUUAUGUAAAAAUUUCCAGGGAAUUUUUCCAUGUUGGGGGAACCAGGAGCCUUAGGAGCUUGGUGGGGUAUCAAGGAUUAGGGGAGAGGCAUGGGAAGAGGGAAAAAGGAUAUUAAUUAAAUUUUUGCAAAAAUAUGGCUCAUUUUGUAAUUAUGGCAUAACUUGCUGAGUAAAGAUGCAAGAAUAUGAAAACCUGGAUGUUUAACUUUUUUCCCCAUAAGUUAUUGGGGUACAGGUGGUAUUUGGUACAUGAGUAAGUCCUUUAGUGGUGAUUUGUGAGAUUUUGGUGCACCCAUCACCCAUGUAUACACUGCACCAUAUUUGUAGUCUUUUAUCCCUCACCCUCCUCCCAUCCUUCCCCCCAAGUCCCCAAAGUCCAUUGUAUUAUUCUUAUACCUUUGCAUCUUCAUAGCUUAGCUCCCAUAUAUCAGUGAGAACAUACAAUGUUUGGUUUUCCAUUCCUGAGUUACAUCACUUAGAAUAAUAGUCUCCAAUCUCAUCCAGGUCACUGCAAAUGCUGUUAAUUCAUUCCUUUUUAUGGCUGCAUAGUAUUCCAUCGUAUAUAUAUACACACACACACAUAUAUAUAUACACACACACACACACACAUACACACCACAGUUUCUUUAUCCACUCAUUGACUGGUGGACUUUUGGGUUGGUUCCACAAUUUUGCAAUUGUGAAUUGUGCUCCUGUAAACAUGCAUGUGCAUGUCUUCAAAUAAUGACUUAUUUUCCUGUGGCUAGAUACCCAGUAGUGGGGUUGCUGGAUCAAAUGGUAGUUCUACUUUUAGUUCUUUAAGGAAUCUCCACACUGUUUUUCAUAGUGGCUGUACUAGUUUACAUUUCCACCCACAGUGUAGAAGUAAGUGUUCCCUGUUCACUGCAUCCAUUCCAACAUCUACUGUUUUUUGAUUUUUUUAUUAUGGCCAUUCUUGCAAGAGUAAGGUGGUAUUGCAUUGUGGUUUUGAUUUGCAUCUCCCUAAUCAUUAGCAAUGUUGAGCAUUUGUUCAUAUGUUUGUUGGCCAUUUGUAUAUCUUCUUUUGAGAAUUGUCUAUUUAUGUCCUUAGCCCACUUUUUGUUUGGAUUGUUUGUUUUUUUCUUACUGAUUUGUUUGAGUUCGUUGUAGAUUCUGGAUAUUAGUCCUUUGUCAGAUGUAUAGAUUGUGAAGAUUUUCUCCCGCUCUGCGGGUUGUCUGUUUACUCUGCUGACUGUUCCUUUUGCUUUGCAAAAGCUCUUUAGUUUAGUUAGGUCUCAGCUAUUUAUCUUUGUUUUUAUUGCAUUUGCUUUUGGGUUCUUGGUCAUGAAAUCCUUGCCUAAGUCAAUGUCUAGAAGGGUUUUUCCAAUGUUAUCUUCUAGAAUUUUUAUAGUUUCAGGUCUUAGGUUUAAGUCCUUAAUCCAUCUUGAGUUGAUUUUUGUAUAAGGUAAGAGAUGAGGAUACAGUUCUCCUACAUGUGGCUAGCCAGUUAUCCCAGCACCAUUUGUUGAAAAGAGUGUCCUUUCCCCACUUUAUGUUUUUGUUUACUUUGUUGAAGAUCAGUUGGCUGUAAGUAUUUGGGUUUAUUUCUGGGCUCUCUAUUCUGUUCCAUUGGUCUGAGUGCCUAUUUUUAUACCAGUACCAUGCUGUUUUGAUGACUAUGGCCUUAUACUAUAGUUUGAAAACAGGUAGUGUGAUGCCCCCAGAUUUGUUCUUUUGACUUAGACUUGCUUUGGCUAUGCAGACUCUUUUUUGGUUCCAUAAGCAUUUUAGAAUUGUUUUUUCUAAUUCUGUGAAGAAUGAUGGUGGUAUUCUGAUGGGGAUUGUGUUGAAUUUGUAGAUUUCUUUUGGCAGUAUGGUCAUUUUCACAAUAUUGAUUCUACCCAUCCAUGAGCAUGGGAUGUGUUUCCAUUUGUUUGUGUCUAUGUUUAGAAAUCUGUGAUUUCUUUCAGCAGUGUUUUGUAGUUUUCCUUGUAGAGGAAAACUCCUUUGUUAGGUAUAUUCCUAAGUAUUUUAUUUUUAUUGCAGCUAUUGUAAAAGAGGUUGAGUUCUUGAUUUGAUUCUUGGCUUGCUUGCUGUUGGUGUAUAGAAGAGCUAUUGAUUUAUGUACAUUAAUCUUGUAUCCAGAAACUUUGCUGAAUUAUUUUAUCAGUUCUACAAGUUUUCUGGAGGAGUCCUUAGGGUUUUCAAGGUAAAUGAUUGUAUCGUCAGCAAACAGUGACAGUUUGACUUCCUCUUUACCGAUUUGGAUGCCCUUUAUUUCUUUCUCUUGUCUGAUUGCUCUGGCUAGGACUUCCAGUACUAUGUUGAAGAGGAGCAGUGAGAAUGGGCAUCCUUGUCUUGUUCCAGUUCUCAGAGGGAAUGCUUUCAACUUUUCCUUAUUCAGUAUUAUGUUGGCUGUGAGUUUGUCAUAGAUGGCUUUUAUUACAUUAAGGUAUGUCCCUUGUGUGCCCAUUUUGCUAAGAGUUUUAAUCAUAAAGCGAUGCUGGGUUUUGUUGAGUGCUUUUUCUGCAUCUGUUAAGAUGAUCAUGUGAUUUUUGUUUUUAAUUCUGUUUAUGUGGGGUAUCACAUUUAUUGACUUGUGUAUGUUAAACCAUCCCUGCAUCCCUGGUAUGAAAUCUACUUGAUCAUAGUGGAUUUUCUUCUUGGUAUGUUGUUGGAUUUCGCUAGCUAGUAUUUUGUUAACUAUUUUAGCAUCUAUGUUCAUCAAGGAUAUCAAUCUGUCGUUUUCUUUUUUGGCUAUGUGCUUUCCUGGUUUUGGUAUUAGGGUGAUGCUGGCUUCAUAGAAUGAAUUUGAGAGGGUUCCUUCUUUCUCUAUCUUGUGGAAUAGUGUCAAAAGGAUUGGUACUAACUCUUAUUUGAAUGUCUGGUAGAAUUCUGUUGUGAACCUGUCUGGUCCUGGACUUUUUGUUGUUGUUGUUGUUGUUUUAAUUUUUUUAAUUUUUAAUUUUUUUUUUGAGGUGGAGUUUUGCUCUUGUUGCCCUGGCUGGAGUGCAAUGGCAUGAUCUCAGCUCACCGUAACCUCUGCCUCCCAGGUUCAAGUGACUCUCCUGCCUCAGCCUCGCAAGUAACUGGGAUUACAGGCAUGUGCCACCAUGCCCGGCUAAUUUUGUAUUUUUAUUAGAGAAGGGGUUUCUCCAUGUUCAUCAGGCUGGUCUUGAACUCCAGACCUCAGGUGAUCCACCUGCCCUGACCUUAGGUGAUCCACCUGCCUCGGCCUCCCGAAGUGCUGGGAUUACAGGUGUGAGCCACCGCGCCUGGCUGGUAAUUUUUAAAUGACCAUUUCAAUCUUGCUGCUUGUUAUUUGUCUGUUCAGGGUAUCUAAUUCUUCCUGAUUUAAGCUAAGAGUGUUGUAUUUUUCCAGGAAUUUAUCCAUCUCUUCUAGGUUUUCCUUUAUGUACAUAAAGGUGUUCAUAGUAGCCUUGAAUGAUCUUUUGUAUUUCAGUGGUCUCAGUUGUAAUAUCUCCUUUUUCAUUUCUUAGUGAGGUUAUUUGGAUCUUCUCUCUUCUUUUCUUGGUUAAUCUUGUUAGUGGUCUAUCAAUUUUAUUUUUCUUCUCAAAGAACCUGCCUUUUGUUUCAUUUAUCUUUUGUAUUAUUUUUGUUUCAAUUUCAUUUACUUCUGCUGCGAUCUUGGUUAUUUCUUUUCUUCUGCUGGAUUUGGAUUUGGUUUGUUCUUGUUUCUCUAGUUUCUUGAGGUGUUACUGUAAAUUGUUCUUCUGUGCUCUUUCAGACUUUUUGAUGUAGGCGUUUAGGGCUGUGAACUUUCCUUUUAGGACUGCCUUUGCUGUAUCCCAGAGGUUUCAAUAGGUUGUGUUACUAUUGUCAUUCAGUUUGAAGCAUUUUUUAAAUUUCCAUUUUGAUUUCAUUUUUGACCCAAUGUUCAUUCAGGAGCAGGUUAUUUCAUUUCCAUGUAUUUGCAUGGUUUUGAAGAUUCCUUUUGGAUUUGAUUUCCAGUUUUAUUCCACUGUGGUCUGAGAGAGUACUUGAUAUAAUUUCAAUUUUCUUAAAUGUAUUGAGGCUCGUUUUAUGGCCUGUCAUAUGGUCUAUCUUGGAGAAAGUUCCAUGCGUUGUUGAAUAGAAUGCGUAUUGUGUGGUUGUUGGGUGAAAUGUUUUGUAUAUAUUUGUUGAGUCCAUUUGUUCCAAGGUAUAGUUUAAAUUCAUUGUUUCUUUGUUGACUUUCUGUCUUGAUGACCUGUCUAGUGCUGUCAGUGGAGUAUUGAAGUCUCCCACUAUUAUUGUGUUGCUGUCUAUCUCAUUUCUUAGGUCUAUUAGUAAUUGUUUUAUAAAUUUGGGAGCUCCAGUGUUAGGUGCGUGUAUGUUUAGGAUUGUGAUAUUUUCCUGUUGGACAAGGUCUUUACCAUUAUAUACUGUUCCUCUUUGUCUCUUUUAAUGCUGUUGCUUUAUAGUUUGUUUUGUCUGAUAUAAGAAUAGCUACCCCUACUUGUUUUUGGUGUCCGUUUGCAUGAAAUGCCUUUUUCCACUCCUUCACUUUAAGUUUAUGUGAGUUCUUAUGUGUUGGGUGAGUCUCCUGAAGGCAGCAGAUAUUUGGUUGCUGGGUUCUUAUCCAUUCUGCUGUUCUGUAUCUUUUAAGUGGAGCAUUUAGGCCAUUUACCUGCAAUGUUACUAUUGAAAUGUGAGGUGCUGUUGCUUUUAUCAUGCUCUUUGUUGCCCAUGUACUUGGUUUUUUGUUUUUGCUUUUUAACUUGUAUUUUUGUUUUAUAGGUCCUGUGUGAUUUAUGCUUUAAAGAGGUUCUGUUUUGAUGUGCUUCCAGGAUUUGGUUCAAGAUUUUGAGCUCCUUUUAUUAGUUCUUGUUGUGGUAGUUUGGUAAUGGCGAGUUCUCUCAGCAUUUGUUUGAAAACAACUGUAUCUUUCCUUCAUAUAUGAUGCUUAGUUUCACUAGAUACAAAAUUCUUGCCUGAUAAUUGUUUUGUUUGAGGAGCCUGAAGAUAGGUCCCCAAUCCCUUCUAGCUUGUAGGGUUUCUGCUGAGAAAUCUGCUGUUAAUCUGAUAGGUUUUCCUUUAUAGGUUACCUGGUACUUCUGUCUCAUAGCUCUUAAGAUUCUUUCCUUCAUCUUAAAUUUGGAUAACCUGAUGACAAUGUUCUUAGGCAAAGAUCUUUUUGUGAUUAAUUUCCCAGGUGUUCUUUUGCUUCUUGUAUUUGGCUGUCUAGGUCUCUUGCAAGGCCAGGAGAGUUUGCUUUGAUUAUUCCCCUAAAUCUGUUUUCCAGGGAAAACCUGGACAUUUAAAUGCUAGUUUAACAUGGAGCAGAGGACUCCAUUUUUGUAAAAUGCUGCAACCUGGGAAUUUCCUUUCAUAAUUUUGAUAGACAUAUGGCACUUCUGGUUGAGAACUGGGCCUAUAGCAGUGGCUUAACUUAAGGGUUCCAUAGAUCCUUGCCUUGGUUCAACAUAUCCCAUCUACGAGAUGACAAAUGUUUGAUUGAAGAAGUAUUGAAGAGUAUUUGGAAAUGUAGACAAAUAACACAGUAUCUGGAGCUUGCAGCACAGUGGGAAAUGGAGCCAAGACUGUACCUAUAAUUUAGGGUAAGGAGCAAUAAUGAGGUCCCAUAAAAAUAAAAAACCGUGAUGUUAAAUAGACUGCAGAUCAUUUGCACCUUGAGGCUUUUCUUAGAUUUUAUGCCAGCAAAAAAAAGUAGUAAUAGGGCUUGUGCUUUAUGCCAAAAGAAUUCCUCGUACACAAGAUUUUAUUUGCUUUAGUGUAAUCAAAGAGACCCUCCCCCUAAAAUUAUAUAAGGGUAAAAAAAACAAAACAAACAAACAAAAAACCCAUCCAGCUAUAAAGAGCUGCCAGCCUGGGUUUGGAGCAUGGCUUUAAUCCUCUGUGCCUGGGGUCAUAUUGUUUUUAUCUUGCUUUUGACUCUAUUUCAAAGCUGAUGUUGCUAUCUACAAACCUUACCUAACAGCUGUAAUUAUUUCAUUUGUAUUCACUAUGAAGUCCUUUCCAAUCAUGUUAGAGAAAUGGAUUCCAGUGUUUGCAAGUGACCCCUUAUCCUGUCUUUUAAAGAAAAUAGCAUAUAUUGUAGGCUCCCCUUAUCUGCAUUUUUGCUUUCCACAGUUUCAGUUACCCACGAUCAACUGCAGUCCAAAAAUAAGAUAUUUUGUGAGAGAGAGAAAGACUAUAUUCGUAUAACUUUUAUUAUAGUAUAUUGUUAUCAUUGUUCUAUUUUAUUAUUAUUAUUGUAAAUCUCUUACCGUGCCUAAUUUAUAAAUUAAACUUAACAUAGGUCUGAAUGUAUAGGAAAAACAUAGUAUACAUACUAUAUAUAGUAAGUGGAGAGCACACCAAAUGUAUAUCAUUUUUGUACUGUAGUAAAUUUGAAAAAUUGUAGGCCAACCCAUUAUAAGUUGAGGAUGGAAGGUCUGUCUAUAGGGUUCAGUAUUACAUGUGGUUUCAGGCAUCCACUAGUGGUCCUGAUGUGUCCUCUACAGACAAAGGGGGACUACUGUAAGUUUGUAAAACCACUGAACAAGGAGUUUCAAAUGUGAUAAAAUGUUAAAAUGGGACUCUUCAAGUUCAGCUGAAGCCACAAUUAAUAGGAAUCAACUGGUCGCACAUUCCAAGAUGAGGUGCUAGAUCACCCCAGCAGGACCUGCAAGAGUUCUAAAAUUUGGAUCAUGUCAUUGCCUGAGCUUUCAGACAUUAGAUAAAUCAAGUCAGAUUUGAUCCUUAGUUUUUUCCUUUGUCAAGUGGGAACAGUUAUUGCUACCCAGUGACCUUGUAGGGAUGUGUCAAUUGAGAUGCUGGACCUGAAGAUGCCAUGAAAAUUCGAGGUAGUGGUUCUCUUUCUCCUUCUUGCAGUGGGGUUUUGGGUCACAAAAUGACAGGAUUGUCCUCAGAUACUUGGGCCAUUGGUGCUGUUAACACAAUAUGAGUUUAGUGUUUCAUUUUGGAGUCAAACACACUUUAUUUUUUUUUCUCACAACUGCUUCUGUGAAUCUACUUGCAGGGCUAGAUCUUCUGCCCUGGAAUCAUAUCCUAGCUAGUGCUCAGAGCCUGCCACUCACUCUUUGGUAGUAAUAACUCCUCUCAUUGGUUACCUGAGUUUCCAAACAGUGUUGGUUAUGCUAUAAAUAAGUAUAGUCUAGGGUAAUAAUCAAAACUCUGAAAUUCAUCCAUGGGUAAUGCAUCUUCUGGCACCAUCAAGAGCUUGCUACAGGGGGAGAAGUGGGCUGAGUAACUUCUUUCUCCUUUAUUCUUCCAUAUGCUAGGUGAGUUGGAUAGGGGAAGAGAAGAGAAGUAGGAGCCAGGAUCAAAUUUGCUUGGCUGGUCCCAACCUGGUAUUGAUUUGCUUUUCUACUGGCAGAUGCUUAAGACUGGCCUUUCUUCUCUGAAGGCUGUUUCAUGAUUUGGACGCUUAUCACUAGGGUCCUCUUUUUUGUGGGUGAUUCUCUUUUGAUGAUAAAUGAAUCAUCUAGGGACUUCUCUCUGCUGAGGUCUCCUUGCCUCUAACAAGGCAAGGUCCAAGACUAGCUCAGGGUGCUUUGUCUUGUACUUGGCACUUACCUCCUCCCUGGAAAUAUGGAUCUUUGACCUAAAAGUGUUGUAUAGUUAUGUCCCCAAAUUGAAUCUGUUUUGUUUAGCCACCUAGUGAGCAGCUUUAGCCAUAGUCUUUCUUUCACUCAUUAACUUUCUUAGGCUUAUGUAAGAUGGGUAUCAGUUCACUGUGACCCUUAAAAUGCAGGGGCACCUACCAAGCCAUCUGAGUACACUACCAAAGUCCCUCUCAUUUGCUAGAAAUAAAGGGAGUACCAUAGCCCUGAUACUUUUCCACUGGAGGGAAGCAUUGCAAGUACACUUGAAAAUUCUCUUUGAAGAAAUCCUUGCCGGGCACAGUGGCUCACACCUGUAAUCCCAGCACUUUGGGAGGCUGAGCGGGGCAGAUCAUCUGAGGUCAGGAGUUUGAGACCAGCUUGGCCAACAUGGUGAAACCCCAUCUCUACUAAAAAUACAAAAAUUAGCCAGGCGUGGUGGCAGGUGCCUGAAAUACCAGCUACUUGGGAGGCUGAGGCAGGAGAAUCACUUGAACCGAGGAGGCAGAGGAUUGCAGUGAGCCGAGAUCACACCAUUGCACUCCAGCCUGGGUGACAGAGAGAGACUUCAUCUCAAAAAUAAAAUAAAAAAAAAAAUAAAAUAAAAUAAAAAGAAAUCCUUAAUUCCCAAUUCUAAGCUCCUCUGAUAGUAUAUUCAGCAUCUUUUUAUGCUAUGCAGAGAUGUACUCAGCUAAGGGGUGCAGACCUGGGUCUUAGACAUCUCCUUUGCAGGUCCUGCUGGGAUGAUACAGUACCUCAUCUUGCAAUAUGGGACCAGUUGAUUCCUAUUAUUUUGUGGCUUCAGCUGAACUUGAAGGGUCCCAUUUUAACAUUGUGUUAUAUUUAUAUCAGCUUACCCCAAACUGUAGUCUAUGGAACACUGCUUCAGAAAAGGGUUCCAUUUUUUUUAAAAAGGGUCCUUAUCAAAUGUAUUUGGGAAAUAUAUGUAAGAUUUCCAGCUCUUCAGGUGCUCAUUGCAUAUAAGCCUAUCGAAGACUAUGUGGAAUCUAGCAUGAGGAGUGGUGUUUGACCCUUUCCAAACCCAGAGUUUCUCAAAUAUAUUUAACCACACAAUUUAUUAACAUGGUGUCUCUUUGUUGGCAUUUUGGGAGAUGCUGCUGUAGAUGGUUGCUGGUGAUGCUUCCAUUGGGUUUAGCUAAGAAUGUCCAUACAUUCUUCCAAAGUUUUCCUAAAUAAAAAAGCUUAAUUCCUUCUUAGUAGAAAUGGGCUCAUUUUAAGAUGAGUAUCUGUUUUGGAAAUAGUCCAUCAGCAUUGGCAAUGUGAGGAAAAAAGGAGUAAUGAGUAGGCUUGUUGCCUUGCUUAUUGCAAACAGCAAAAAAUAAAAGAUAAGAUUAUAAUAAUAUUUAUAUGUAUUAUAGUAAUAUUGAUUAUUAUGAUACAACUCAUUAUAAUAGGAGUUUGUAGUAUCCUGGUAUUCUGUCUGGACUUUGAGAGCUUAGCUUCAAUGAACUAUAAAGGGAAAGUCAUAGUUAAUUAUUCUCACCUGGACAAGAUAUUGUUAUCUCCUGUGUUUUUUAAGUCACUACCAUCAGUUGCAUUGGUUUUGAGUCUUCCCAAAUGUGUCUACCUUUGGGAAGGCCCGAUUGGCCAGUUCCUAGACAGUUUUUUUUUUUCUGUACACAGCUCAUUUUCACAUAUGGAUCAUAACUUCCCAGGCUAUCCUAGCAUAGCCUAUUCCAUCUAUCCCCUCAUUGUGUUUUAAUGAUAAGAUGAUUGGCUUUAUAGUUCUUUUCUGUUUCAAACUUUGCAAGUAUUUAUUCUGAAUAACAUUAGAGUCUCACUAGCAUGAAAAACUGUCCUGGUUUGCCUGGGACUGUCCUGGCUUUAGUACUCAGAGUCCCACAUUCUGGAAUCCUCUCUCCAAAAUGCAAAAUGUCUUGGUUUUCAAUAGUGGAUGGCAAAGCUUGGAAAAAUACAAAGCCCAUAUGUCAGCCCAAAAUAUAGGUGCUGAAAGCAAUGCUGUUUUAGUGUCAAAUAGGUACAGCAUAGAUUAUCUAUCUUCCAUAGUUAUUGUUACUAUUCACCCCUCCCAUGUUGACAAUCAUGAUUUGCAUUUCACACUAACGGAUCAUUCAUUAUUGUUUCACUCCAAUUGAUGAAACUCAAGUGUACACCAUAACUACAUUGUAAGUUGAGUGUUAAAAGUCCAUCUGUCUUUGACUUUGUCUUUAUAUUAACUUGUUGUGCUUUGUAUCAAGAUAAUGCCAGUUCAAUUUUUAACUUUAUGAAUAUUGUGACCAUAUUCUCUAAGAGUUCAGAUAGUGAAAAUGAAGAUGAUUAUUAUACCAAUGCCAGCAUCCUAGAAAAAGAAGGUUAGAUGGUUGCUAUUUUAAUGGCAGAUGAAAGGACUCAUACGUCUGGAUUGGGCAGAUAAAUAAUCAAAACAGAGCAUACUGCACAAGAUGCAGAAAAGAAGAUAUAAAAGUGCAUAGGGAGACUGAAUCCCACAAUUUUGGCAUGAGGUAGACAAGUACUUCUGAGUCAAUCAAAAGUUUCUUGUCUCCCAAGAAGACACCAACGCUCAGUUGAAUAUAGCAGCCACUGAAUUAUCUUGAGUAUACGACACAAAUAAGCAGUGUCAUUGCGUUAUUCCCUUGAUUGCUUUCUGAAACUGAUUAAAAUUAUAUUUCCUGAUUCACAGGUUGCAGUUAAAGCGCCCUAGGCAUGAACAGCAGGGGAAGUUUUGGGUAACAUGUGCUGGCCCUCUAUGUAGCAGAGUUAAUUCUGUUAGAUUUGAACAACAACUCUAGUAUAUCAAGAAAUUCUUGAAUCAUGGCAAUAAGAUAAUGUUCCCUUUAGCUCUUUAGUACUUGAACUUGAUAAAUGGAGAUUCAGAAUGUCUUUUGGAUUUUUAUGAAGAUUUUAAUGAAACUGUAGAAACAUAAAACAAAAGAUUACUGAUAACUUGUCUAAAAACAAGCUAGAUUUAGCUCAUCUAUCUGCAUGUGUGGCAGGCAGUGCAAAUGUAAAUUUUGGUAAACUUCAUUCAGUGUGUAAAUUUCUUACCAAAGAAAAGAAAAAGAUUUCAACUGCUAAAAGUUCAGUAUACUUUUUCUGCAAGGAUGCUAAAAAAAAUGGGAUUUGCUUACCUGUGAUAUUGAGGCUUUUUCUACAACUCUCUGAUGAUCUUUUAAGAAGCCAUAAGGAGCCUAGAAAAGGACAACUGACUAUACCCAAGUUGUUGGAUGUUAUGUGUAGGAUGUGACAGAAACUCAUACAGAAAAAAAGGACUUAUGUUUUGGAAAUAAGCCUGUUUCAAAUGAAAAAAAAAAUAUGUUACCAGAGGACUGCCAGGUUAGGCCAAUCUUUCUCAGUUUUUCAAUUUCUUUAAUAAAACUGUCACUUACUUGGAAUCUGGCUUUGAUUUCACAAGUUUGAAUUACUUCUGUGCUUUAAAACCAUUUUACCUGCCAAAGAAAAGUUUUGCUUAUGAUGACAUCCAAAAUGCUUCGUAGUGUUUUAAAAAUGAUCAACAUAUUGGACAUGGAUAAUCUAUAUGACUAGUUUAUAGAUGCAGUGGAUCUGACUGACAAACUGCUGGUCCAUCAAAGCAGGCAUGUGGAUACAAAGUGGAUGAACAUUUUUGGAGAGCUAGAAAUUAAUCCCUACAAGUCUUAAAUCCUGAUGUUACUAGUAAGUAAACUUCUAAGUAUUCCAUGCUGAAUUUUUUUUUUUUUUUGUGGGGGGGAGAGGAUAUUUGGCUUGGUGGAGUCAUACCAAUACAGUGUAAAGUGGGCUUGAUAAAGAGCAUAGUCUAAAGUUAAAUCAAGUUUUACAUUUGACUAUAUUCAUUUAGUUUUAACACUACAGAAAAGAAUAGAAGUGUGUUGUAAUGGUUGAAAGCAGUUUAAAGAACUAUUACUGGAAAAGGAAACAGAGAGUAAGAAUAUCCUGCUGUAUCAUGCUGUAUCACAGGACAGAUGGAAACGUGUCAUAGUUUUUGGUUUUUUUUUAAUAGACAUGAGGGUACAAGUACAUUAUUAUUACAUGGUUUUAUUGAAUAGUGAUGAAGAGUGGGCUUUUAGUGUAACCAACACCCAAAUAGUGUAUAUCAUUCCCAAUAGGUAAUUUCUCAUCCCUUACCCCUCAGCCACCCCUCCACCUUUUGGAGCCUCCAGUGUCUAUUAUUCCAUUUUGUAUAUCUAUGCGUAUACAUUAUUUAGCUCCCACUUAUGAGUGAAAACAUGCAGCAUUUGACAUUCUGAGUUAUUUAACUUUAGAUAAUGGCAUCUAGUUUCACCCGUGUUGCUGUAGAAAACAUAAUAUCAUUCAUUUUAGGGCUAAGUAGUAUUCCAUAAUAUAUACAUAUAUAUCAUGCCUCUCUAUCUACCUAUCUAUACAUACAUACAAACAUACACACACACUACUAUAGAUACACACACACAGCACAUUUUCUUUAUCCAGUCAUCUGUGGAUGGACACCUAGAUUGAUUUUAUAACUUUACUAUUGUGAAUAGUACUGUGAUAAACAUACAAGUGCAGGCAACUUUUUAAUAUAAUUUUUUUUUUCCUUUGGGUAGAUAUGCAGGAGUGGAAUUGUGGGAUUUAAUGGUAGUUCUAUAUUUAAUUCUUUAAGAAAUAGCCAUAAUAUUUUCCAUAAAGGUUGUACUUUCAUUCCCACCAGUAGGGUAUAAGCAUUCACAUUCUUGUUUCUCCACAUUCUUGCCAACAUCUGUUGUAUUUUGACUUUUUAAUAAUAGCCAUUCUGACUGGUAUAUGAUGGCAUCUCAUUGUGGUUUUAAUUUACAUUUCUCUGAUGGUUAGUAAUGUUGAGCAUUUUUUCAAAUGUUUGUUGGGCACUUGUAUGUCUUUUUUUUUUUUUUUUUUUUGAGACGUAGUCUCGCUCUGUUGCCCAGGCUGGAGUGCAAUGGCGCGAUCUCCGCUCACUGGAAGCUCCACCUCCACGGUUCACACCAUUCUCCUGCCUCAGCCUCCUGAGUAGCUGGGACUACAGGUGCCUGCCACCACACCUGGCUAAUUUUUUGUAUGUUUAGUAGAGACCGGGUUUCACCGUGUUAGCCAAUAUGGUCUCAAUCUCCUGACCUCAUGAUCUGCCCACCUCGGCCUCCCAAAGUGCUGGGAUUACAGGUGUGAGGCACCACACCCAGCCGUAUGUCUUCUUUUGAGAAUGUCUGUUCAUAUCCUUUGCCUACCUUUUAAUGGGGUUAUUUAUUUUGUUUUUCUUGUUGAGUUGUUUGAGUUCCUUGCAGAUUCUGGAUAUUAGCCCUUUGUUGGAUGCAUAGUUUACAGAUAUUUUCCUCCAUUCUGUAGAUUAUCUGUUUACUUUGUUGAUUAUUUCUUUGCUAUGCAGAUGCUUUUUAAUUAAAUCCCAUUAGACUGUUUUUGUUUUUGUUGCAUUUGAUUUGGGGCUCUUAGUUACAAAUUCUUUGCCUAGGCCAAUGUCAGAAGAGUUUUUGCUAAGUUUUCUUCUAGGGUUUUAAUAGUUUGAGGUCUUUAUUCCAUCUUGAGUUAAUUUUUGUAUCUGGUGAGACAUAUGGGUCCAGUUUCAUUCUUUCGCGUAUGGCUACCCAAUUUUCCCAGCACCAUUUAUUAAAUAUGAUGUCCUUUCUCCAGUAUAUGUUUUGUCAACUUUGUUGGAGAUCAGUUGCUUGUAGAUAUGUGGCAUUAUGUCUGGGUUUUCUGUUCUGUUGCAUUGAUUGAUGUGUCUAUUUUUAUACCAAUAUCAGACUGUUUUGGUUUCAAUUGUUUUGUAGUAUAAUUUGAAGUCAGGUAAUGUGAUGCCUCCAGCUUUUUUCUUUUUGCUUAGGAUUGCUUUAGCUAUUCAGUCUCUUUUUUGGUUCCAUCUGAAUUUUAGGAUUAUUUUCUCUAUUUCUGGGGAAAAUAAUAUUGGUGAUUCGGAUUCGAUAGGAAUUGCAUUGAAUCUGAAUAUUCCUUUGGGUAGUUUGGUCAUUUUAACAAUAUUUGACUUUUUAAUCCAUGGGCAUGGGAUGUUUUUUCUAUUUGUUUGUGUCAUCUGUGAUUUUUUUCAUCAGUGUUUUGUAGUUCUUUUUGUUAGAGAUCUUUUACCUUCUUGGUUAAAUGUAUUUCUAGGUAUUUUACUUUUUUAUAGCUAUUGUAAAUGGGAUUGACUUUUGUAUUUUGUUCUGAGUUUGAUUAUUUUUGGUGUAUAGAAAUGCUACUGAUUUUUGUAGGUUGAAUUUUUAUUCUGAACUUUACUGAAGUCACUUAUCAAAUCUAGGAGUCUUUUGGAGGAGUCUUUAAAGUUUUCUAGGUAUCAGAUCAUAUCAUCAGAAAACAGAGAUAAUUUGACUUCCUCUUUCCCAAUUUGGAUGCCUUUUAUUUAUUUCCUUUGCCUGAUUACUCUAGCUAAGACUUCCAGUACUAGAAUAGGAGUGGUGAAAGUGGCAUCCUUGUUUAGUCCCAGUUCUUAGGGUGAAUGCUUUCAAUUUCUCCUCAUUCAGUAUGAUGAUGGCUGUAAGUUUGUUGUAUAUGUCUUUUAUUAUUUUGAGGUAUGUUCCUUCUAUUUCUAGUUUGUUGAGGGUU